AUGGCGCCAAGCAAGAAGGGAUGGCAGAUGAUUGAGAUCGUUUCGGUCUUGGUCGGGCUGUGUUUUAUCUCAGUGGUGUUGCGAGUCUUUGCUCGCAUUCGGAGGAGAGUUGGGUUCGGCAUCGAUGAUUAUUUGAGCUUGGUGUCCAUGGUGCUCCUCAUUGCCAUGUUGGUCGAGUUGAUUCUUUGGUGUACAAUUGGAGGCAAUGGCGUCCAUAUCGUGGAUCUCUCUUCUGAAACCCUUAUGAACUACUGGAAGAUCUUCCUCGCCAACCAAUUCACCUACUUCCUCCUCUGCCCCUGUAUAAAGAUCUCCAUCAUCUGCUUCUACCGACGACUCUUCUCAACCCCAAAAUUCCAAAAAGUCACCUUCGCCCUAAACUGCCUAAUCGCCGCCUGGGGCACAGGAAUCUUCCUAGCAUGCGCAGGGCAAUGUCGACCCCUACGCGCAUACUGGGACAAAAGCAUCGACGGAACAUGUUUCGACGCACAAAAAUUCAUCAUCGUCAACCAAGCCUUUAAUGUAGUAAUGGACUUCGUCAUCCUCAUCCUACCCAUCCCAAUGAUCUGGAACCUGCACCGUGCAUGGCAAGAUAAGCUCGCGCUAAAUGGGGUGUUCGCUCUUGGCACUUUCGUCUGCUUUGCCAGUAUCUACCGCAUCGUCGUGCUCUUCUGGAUCAGUCCAAUGGACCCGACUUUCACGGUCUACCAGGCGACUCUGUGGACGCACAUCGAGCCUGCUGUUGGCUUGAUUUGCUCCAACUUGCCCAUCAUCCGGGGUCUGUUCCCGGCGCUUAAUUUGAAGAGUUCACGCAAUGGAACGGGCCCGGCAUAUCUCAAUACAGAUUACACGAACAACUCUUUGUUCUUGUCGAAGUCUAGCCCUCGAUCGCCAGAUCUCGAGUACAUUAAGAUGUACAAUGCCCAGGUCGAGAGUAAAUCGCAGGGGCACCUUGGUGAUGAGCUUCACCCACGGACUAUUAAUGUUCAGACGGAUAUUUCUAUCCUUCCCGGGAAUGACUCCACUACCAUGCUGAACCACUGA